AUGGAAGAAGAAAGGGAUCAGGACAUGGCACACAUGAGGACCCAAGUAGAUCUACUCACGAAGCAUAUUGUUUCAAAGUCUGAAAAGGUAAAUGUUAUGGGACAGCCAAACAUGUAUGAAGGUAGUAAACAUGAGCAGGUGUUGGAGCAAGGUGGAAGAGAACAGGAUGAAGCUGAACAAGUAGAUGACUUGGAGGAUGCUCAACCAAUAGCAAAAUCAGCAGGAGCAAAAGAAAAAGAGGUUGAGGGAACUACGCCUUUACAUCAGAUCCUAAGACCACCUCCUUCUUUCCUUAAAAGGCUUAAAAAGAAAGCUGAGGAUGGGAAAUUCACGAAAUUCAUCACCAUACUGAGACAGAUUACAGUGAAUAUCCCACUAGUGGAAGCACUAAAGCAGAUGCCAAGAUAUGCCAAGUUCAUCAAACACUUGGUCACAAAGAAAAGAGCUAUAAGUAUUGAUUUGACUGACAAUGUUCAUCACUGUAGUGCUAUUGCUACCGGGUCUCUGGCACAAAAGAAGAAGGAUUCAGGUGCAUUCAUCAUACCGUACACCAUCAGAUCAAUCGAAUUUAUAAAGGCCUUGUGUGAUUUAGGAGCCAAUAUAAACUUGAUGUUGCUGGCCAUCUACAAGCAAUUGGGGUUAGAAGUUCCUAAACCCACAACAAUGAGGUUGAUUAUGGCAGAUAGGUCAGUGAAGAGACCUGUGGGCAUCCUAUGUGAUGUGCUCGUAAAGGUGGACACGUUUAUCUUUCUGGCAGACUUCGUAAUCUUGGAUUACGAAGUGGAUUUUGAGGUUCCCAUUAUUUUGGGAAGACCAUUUCUAGUCACUGGACGAGCAUUGGUAGAUGUUGAGAAAGGAGAACUGUAA